CGAAGCACCGGCGGCAGCCAGCCAAUCACAAUCAUCUUCAGUGCGUUGGACCGUUCUCCGGCCGAACAAUAUUUCAGUGAGUGAAUCAAUCUGUCCUGCUCAUCAUGGCCUCCGGAGCUUUGUUCCCCAGCAUGGUGUCUGGGUCCCGCGGCUCCUCCAGCAAGUACCUGGUGGAGUUUCGGGCCGGCAAGAUGACCAUGAAGGGCAGCACGGUGACCCCUGACAAGCGCAAAGGUCAGGUCUACAUCCAGCAGACCGACGACUCCCUCAUCCACUUCUGCUGGAAGGAUCGGACGACUGGGAACGUGGAUGAUGAUCUGAUCAUCUUCCCCGACGACUGCGAGUUCAAGCGGGUGAACCAGUGCACCACUGGACGGGUUUAUGUGCUGAAGUUCAAAGCCGGCUCCAAGAGACUCUUCUUCUGGAUGCAGGAGCCAAAGACCGACAAGGAUGAGGAGAACUGCCGUAAAGUGAACGAGUAUCUCAACAACCCGCCCAUGCCUGGCGCUCUUGGUAGCGGCGGCAGUGGAGGACACGAUCUGUCAGCUCUGGGAGGGGAAGGAGGUCUGCAGAGCCUUCUGGGUAACAUGAGCCACAACCAGCUCAUGCAGCUCAUUGGACCAACUGGACUGGGCGGGAUCGGUGGUCUCGGGGCACUGGCCGGUCCAGGUUUGGCCAACCUCCUGGGCAGCAGCAGCAGCAGCGUUCCUGCAGCCAGUAACUCCUCCACAAGUCCGUCCACAGCCGUCACCCCCACCUCUACCUCCACUGCCAGUCGGCUCGGCUCCUCCCAGGUGCCCACCACUCCCAUCACUCCCUCCGCCACCUCAGCGGCCUCCCCGACGGCCACCACCCCGUCCACCCCGGCUGUGUCCUCUCUGGCAGCGGGGGCAGCCAACCCCACGCAGCCCAUCCAGCUGAGAGACCUGCAGAGCAUCCUGGCUACCAUGAACGUGCCGGCCAGCGGCCAGGGAGUGGACCUCGCCAGCGUCCUGACACCUGAGAUCAUGGCCCCGAUCCUGGCCAACCCAGAGGUGCAGCAGAGGUUGAUGCCGUAUCUUCCCUCUGGAGAGUCUCUGCCUCAGAGCACAGAGGAGCUCCACAACACGCUCAGCUCGCCUCAGUUUCAGCAGGCUAUGAGCAUGUUCAGCAGCGCUCUGGCGUCCGGGCAGUUGGGUCCUCUAAUGAACCAGUUUGGCUUGCCUGCAGAGGCUGUGGAUGCGGCUAACAAAGGAGAUGUGGAAGCUUUUGCCAAAGCCAUGGAAACUGAGACCAAGUCAGACCAGGACGGAGACUCCAAAGACAAGAAGGACGACGACGAAGACAUGAGUUUGGACUAAGAACUCUUUAACGUUAUUAUUUAAUGUAUUUAUUUAGCUGCUUCCUCUGUUUUGUAACUAUUACACAGUAAGGUUAAAGAUUAUGGUUAAUUAUAGUAGAAACUGUCACUAAGACCCUCCCUUUGCUGAUAAUGCUGAGUUCAUCCUCCAGCAGGGUGUUGAAUUAAUAUCUACUGAUUUAUCUGAAUGAACAUGUAUUCUACCUUCACUUCAGCUACGAGUCUGUUGUCCAAACACAAGGGAACAGUAAAGUGAUGAGAAACACAA